CUCCAAACUGGAUAGCUUCCAAAUGGGCAAAAUUUUCCAUUUUUAUAUGCAGCGAGGCAAUAUUUCCCUAACUCCUUAUCACUGACUCUGAUCUUCAUCAUCAUUCAUCAACUAUCGGAUAAUCUCUAAAAUAGUUUCUGAAAUCGAUAAAGAGUUAGAAAAUUGCAAUAUCAUUUAUCUUCUCUGCUCUUUAAAAACACCAUUUUCUUGGACCAAAUAUAUAGCACGGUUAGUCUGAGGAACAAUGAUGCAGUUUUCAGUCCAUAGAAUGAGGAAAGUGAGGUCUUUGACUCCAAGGGUUUUUGCUCUCUCUAAUCAUCACUUCUCAGUUGCAAGAUUUCCAAAUUUAAUUGGUGGCAGCUUUGUUGAUUCAAAAUCAUCAGAAUUCAUUGAUGUUAUAAACCCAGCAACACAAGAGGUGGUUUCUCAGAUACCUUUAACCACAAAUGAGGAGUUCAAAUCUGCAGUUACUGCAGCCAAGGAGGCGUUCCCGUCAUGGAGGAACACACCCAUAACCACAAGGCAACGGGUCAUGCUCAAAUUCCAAGAGCUUAUUAGGAAGAACAUGGAUAAGCUUGCCUUGAAUGUGACUACUGAACAAGGAAAGACAUUGAAAGAUGCACAAGGCGAUGUAUUCCGUGGUCUUGAGGUGGUGGAGCAUGCAUGCGGAAUGGCGACUUUGCAGAUGGGCGAGUAUAUGUCUAAUGUAUCAAAUGGAAUUGAUACAUAUAGCAUAAGGGAACCUCUGGGUGUUUGUGCUGGGAUUUGUCCGUUCAACUUUCCGGCAAUGAUUCCCUUAUGGUCUCUGUUCGAACUUGGUUGCCUUCUCUUUGACUUCUAACUUGCUUGAGGAAUCAGUCUCAUUUUCACAUAACAACACUAUGAGAUCAAGAAAGCUUUUGUUUGUGAUUGGUA